CAGGUCGUAGCUCCAAAUUCAUGCCCGCAUAUCACAGUUCGUUUCUCGGCGCUGAGAAUGUUCGCGUCACCGGCAACAUGGCCGUUCUCCCAUUGAAGACCAAAUUUCGCGGUCCUGCUUAUCCUGCCAAUGACGGUGAAAUGGAUAUCGUCGACGAAUGUCUUACCCUGUUUCGUGCCAAUUGCUUCUUCCGAAACUUUGAGAUCAAAGGUCCGGCUGACAGAACCUUGAUUUACGGAAUUUUGUACAUUAGUGCAGCUUUGAGUAAACUGAAUGGCCUUUCUUUACGGGAUGCCGAGCGUCAGCUUAACAGUUUUGCCUUGGAGAACUUCUCUCUGCCUGGAUCACCUGGUUUCCCAUUGACCGGAUUGUACGCUCCUCCUAAGGAUGCUCAAGACUCUGAAUUAAUGCGUGGAUACUUGACGCAAUUCAGACAAGAGCUUUCACAACGUCUUUUGGCACGCGUUUACGCUGAUGACAUGCAAAAGCCCAGCAAGUGGUGGAUUUGCUUCAGCAAGAGACGCUUUAUGAACAAGGUCCUUUAAGCCAUAGAUGCCUGUAAUGAAUCAUACAUAACCAAGGAGAGA